AUUUUUGUGUUUUCAAGAUGUCGACGACCAGUGACGAUACACGUGAAUCUGAUUUCGAUUCAGAUGCUGAGUUACAGAAACUUCAUGCAGAAGGUAAACUUGGAAAAGGCUUAAAUGCAUUGGUUCCACAAGAGAAAAAACAUGUAAAUAAUGUGGCAAGAAUGAAAUCAAAACUUGAAGAAUUUAAAUUGCAUUUGGAUUGGAUUGAAUUUUUGGAUUUGUCAAAUGAUUUAGCACCAAUGACUUAUGAGAUGCAAAAGGAAUUUGGGGAGUUAGAAGUAUCAAAUAAAUCAAAAGGAGCUAAUUCAGCAGAUGAUGAUGCUCAAAAUGAUUUUAAAAGAGAAUUAACUUUCUACCGUCAAGCACAAGGUGCAGUAUUGGAAUGCAUUCCUCGUCUUAAAAAACUGGGUGUACCCACUAAAAGACCAGAUGAUUAUUUUGCUGAAAUGGCCAAAAGUGAUGAACAUAUGAAAAGGAUUAGAGAGAAACUUUUACAUAAACAGUUAGUUAUUGAAAGAUCUGAGAAAGCAAGAAAGUUGCGUGAAUUAAAGAAAUAUGGAAAGCAGAUUCAACAUGAAGUUCUUCAGAAAAGACAGAAAGAAAAAAAAGAAUUACUUGAAUCUGUUAAAAAAUAUAAGAAAGGUCAGAAAGAAAGUUUUGAAUCAUUUAUGCAAGAUACGUCUAAAAAAUCUCAGCAAUCAAAAAACAAAAGGUCAAAGAUAAAACAACAAAAGAAAAAUGAGAAAUAUGGUUAUGGGGGCAAGAAGAAAAGAUCAAAAUAUAAUGAUGCUAAUAGUGCAGGGGAUAUUUCAGGUUUCAAAAGCAAGAAAGUUACUCCAUCAGGAAAAAAAUUUAAGCAAAUGAGACCUAGUAAAAAUAUAAGAAAAAGACUGAAAAACAGAAAAAGAAGAUAAUUUUCCUGUUUUGAAACAAAGUUAUUUCUUGAAUUUUUAUGUAAAUAAAAUACAAACAAAA